AAUCCCAGCCGGUUGCUAAGGGAGUGAUUCAGCAGCAUGGACGGUACUGUGUCCAAUGUGGAGAUCUGCAACUUGGCUUAUUCAGGGGAUCUGGAGAACCUCAAGGCCCUUAUUUUAUCAAACAAGAGUCUAGCUACAAAAACUGAUCAAGAUAGCAGGACAGCUUUGCACUGGGCAUGCUCAGCUGGACACAAGGACGUUGUAGACUUUCUGCUAAGCCUGGGAAUACCAGUAGAUCCUAAAGAUGAUGUCAGCUGGACUCCCCUGCACAUUGCCGCAUCAGCAGGCCGUGAAGAAAUUGUGAAGGUGCUGAUUAGUAAAGGAGCUCAAGUCAAUGCUGUGAAUCAGAAUGGCUGCUCACCACUGCACUAUGCUGCCUCUCGAAACAGAUAUGAGAUCGCGAGCAUGUUAUUAGAGAAUGGAGCCGACCCUAACAUCUCAGAUAGCAUCCACUCUACUCCUUUGCACAGAGCUGCAGCUAAAGGAAAUCUCCAUCUUGUACAGCUCCUGUUGAAGUAUACAGCCUCUACCAACCUCCAAGACUCUGAAGGAAAUACACCUUUACACUUGGCCUGUGAUGAGGAACGGGUUGAGGAAGCCAAGCUGCUGGUGGAGAAUGGAGCAAGUAUUUAUAUUGAAAACAAGGAAGAAAAGACGCCCCUGCAAAUGGCUAAAGGUGGACUUGGCCUACAGUUACGCAGGAUGGUAGAAGGUUGAAAAUAAAGUUACUUCAGAGGAUCAGCCUGAAUUUGCAUCUCCCUCAAAACAUUGACUAAGAACGUGCUGGGAGAUAUCAAUUCUGUAUUGCGUAUUUUCUUUGCCAUAUAACCUACAUGUUAUGUGGUACAUUACCUGCAACUCCUGAUAUAUUUGGGUUUCAGAAUCCGGUGCAAAGACAUAAAACUAACAUGAAUUAAUAAAUAGUGCAAAAAAAAGGAAAUAAUGAGGUAGUGUUCCUGGGCUCAUGGAUCUUCAGAAAUCUGAUAAUAUAGAGGAAGAAGUUGUUACUGAACUAUUGAGUGUGUCUUCAGAUGAGUCUCACUGGCUGAAGUGACAGCAACUCAGAUGGCUGAAUAAAUUCCUUUAUUUUUUGUUUACAGUGUCAGAAAUGUCCACUGAGCAAAACUUACACUGGAUGUGUUUGUUUUUGUGUUUUCCCCCAUUUCCCAUCUGGAUGUGCUCCCCACUUUGACAUUCCAGUCUUCUGGUAAGCUGCACUUCAAGUUUAUUUCGAUAACCACAACAACAAUGACUUGCUGCUUCUCCUGCUAAAGAUGUCUGCUGUUUUUCAAAAGACAAAACUGGGUGUAAUUGUCAAAAAUACUAAAAGAUCUAAUACUUAUUGUGAAUAGAUUAGUGACAGCACCAUUCUCAACAUUGUACUUGGGCUCUACACCUCAUUUUUGACCGUGUGUGUGGCUCUGCUCUGCUUAAGCUAACAAGUGGUAUACAUGACACUACUUGGUCUUUGGGAAGCAGAGGAGCAGGAGAAAGGAAUUGCCAAUGUGAAAAGCUACUUUUAAAAACAUCUUUUAAUUUUCAACUUGCCUCUGCCAUUAAACACACUUUAAUAAAUUCAUUGUUAACCAUAUUGGAUUGCUGUCUCUCUUACUAUUGCACUUACAGCAAGCGGGAGGAAAAUUUGCCAAAUUUUUAUUGGUGAUGCUUUCUAAGGCUAGCAGCUGAUGUUGAUGUUUGUGACGACUUUUGGGUUUAACACAUUUACAUGUAGCAAAUGCCUUUGCCACCGGCACUCGGGUCUGAGUACAAAUUGUGGAUUUAAUUUGGAGUGCAGUUCUGAAUAAUGGGUCCUUAAAAGCAGUAAAACCCAGACAAUAUUGAUUAAACUUCAUUUAGAUGUCUGCUGUGGGUGCAAAUCAGAGGUAUGAAGUUUGUGAGCUUUCAAAGAAAGCAUUGUAGAUAGAUUGUACAUAUGGAAUUGUCCUUUGAGGUUUAGCACAUAAAAUAUCAAGCACCGUGUUGGGCAGAUCUUUUGACCAAAAGCAUCUCCAUCUGAUGCCUGCUGUAUCUUGUUUUGCCGAAUAAAGAAGCUACUUCGUAUA